GGGGUUAUAGUGUUUCUAGGUUCUCUAUUAUUCUCUGACCCACUAACCGGACACUCCGCCCUCGAGUCCCCGGUGAGAACAGCUUCCGUUACCGAGUUCACAGCUCGAGUUACAGACCAGACACGCUAGAUCUCCGCGAUACAGGAUAAUUAGCGGUUAUUAACUCUCGUUAUUAUUAACCGGUCGUUUUGUAUUUGGGACUUUUGGAACUUUGUCUAUAAAGGACAACACACUUCUGGAAGAAACUCCGCAGAGUUUUGUCUCGAAACUGCUUCGCCUUUCAACAGUUUUCUGGAGGAACUAAACGGGAUCUAGGAAGUGAAUCGCUUCCAGUAAAAUAGAACCGAGAGAAACGUUUUUAACCGCAGACGAGACGUUUUGAAAGGAGUCUCGUCAUCAGAACAGUUGAACAAGUCACCCACCUCCGGCUGGAUUAUAACGGCUGCUGUUUGAAAAGAUCCUCUGACUCACACUAACACACAUCCAUGCCCCCGGUGCUCGACCGGAACGGUCAUGUGACGGGUGUGGCGGGGUGGAGAAUGUUGUCCCGGUUUACCUGUGUCUGCGUGUUUGUGCAUGAGAUGUGGUUUUAGGCUCCGCUGGGAGAUUAACCCGUGAUCAUCUCACAGAAACGUUUCACAUUCAGUCUGUAACUAUUGAGUUCUGAUCAAAUUCUAUUGGGUUUUACAACACGAGGAGACGCACCGACUCAAUUUGGACGACCGGUAGUUUAUACGGUGCUGCUGAUUAACCAGUCGGUCUGGCUCGGUUUCUGUCGGCUUUGAGGAGAAAAGUCGCCGUUUUAUUUAUUUUAAACUUUAUUAGUGUUUUAUGGGACACGUCGCGGGAAGCUGCUGUACACGGAUACGAAUACAACAUGAGCUGAGACAGUUUAACUCUUUUAACGAAAGGUUUGAAAAAAUCUCCCGGUUCAACCAAAUACAACAUGAGCUGAGACAGUUUAACUCUUUUAACGAAAGGUUUGGAUAAAUCUCCCGGUUCAACCGAAUUCAACAUGAGCUGAGACAGUUUAACUCCUUUAGGAAAGGUUUGGAUAUAUCUCCCGGUUCAACCGUGGAUUGUAUAUUUCAUGUUCUUCAGUAAACACUCGGUCUUUAAUAUCUAUAGGAUUAUAUUAUUGAUCCGUCGGUGAUUAUCAGUUCGGUAUUGAUACGGUGUAGCGCCAUGGCUCUGUCUCAGGUGCAGUGUCUCGAUGAGCAUCACGUCAACUGGCGUGUGACCGAGUCCAAACCCGAGUUCUUUUACAGCGAGGACCAGCGGCUCGCCUUAGAGGCUCUGCUGACCGGGGGGCGAGAGGCCUUUAGCACCUACCUCGGUGACCACGGCCUCCGAAACUUCCUGUCUGAACCGGAGCUCCUGCGGCUGGCGCGCACCGUGGAGGCCUACCGGCCUGGGAGCGAGCACCUCAAGGCCGAGGCGGGAGCGAGCAGCGCGUCCCCGAAGGAGUAUGACGGGGGAAAUGGGCCACUGUCAUUACAGUACUGGCCCGACCGCUCUGAAGAUUCUAUACCCGACCUGGACCUGGGCUGGCCCGACGCCGCGUCAUACCGAGGAGUGACACGCGUCAACGUGCACACGCAGCCCCCAGCUGAUGGACACACACACAUCAAGGAGGUGGUCCGGAAGGCUAUAGCACAGGCUCAGAAGGUGAUCGCCGUAGUGAUGGAUCAGUUUAGUGACGUUGACAUCUAUAAGGACCUGUUAGAUGCAGCCUAUAAGAGGAGAGUUCCUGUCUACAUCGUCAUCGACACGUCUGCCAUUUCCUGCUUCCUGGACAUGUGUUCUAGAGCCAACAUGCACCAGGGACACCUCAAGAACCUGCGUGUGCGAUGUAGUGAAGGAGUAGAGUUCUACACUCGCUCGGCUCAGAAGGUCCGAGGUUCUCUCAGUCAGAGAUACAUGCUGAUAGACGGAGACAGAGCUGUGACUGGAUCAUACAGCUUCACGUGGUCGGCGUCUCGUCUGGACCGGAACCUGAUCACGGUUCUGAGCGGUCAGGCAGUGGAGACGUUCGACAAACAGUUCCGUGACCUCUACAUGACCUCUAGGGGCGUGUCCCUCGCCAAGGUUCCGCUGGAGGAGGAGCCUAUCCCUGACUUCACCCCCAUCGCCACCCCCGCCCCUGUCUCCGCAGCCGUUGCUAGGAAACUAAUCAACCCGAAAUACGCCCUAGUUACGUCACAGGCUAAAGCUAACAAUGCUAGCCCAGCUAGCUCCGCUAACGACUCUAGCAACAAGAACUCCACUACCCAAAAUCCACUGGGACGGGUUCUAAAGCCUGCCAGAGAGCCAGUGGAGGCCCCGCCCCUCCACCCAGGACUAGCCAAUCUGGAGAAGGUGUACCUGAUCCCAUACCUGCCCACCUGGCCGGAGCCGGACCCUCCCCGCGACGUGAUUGGCUUCAUCAAUGUGAGAGACGCUUCCCGCCCCCAACAGGUCCACCUCCAGAGAAGUCAACAGUUUGAGACCAGCCAAGCCAUCAGGUUCACCUCUCCCUUCAGUAUGCCUGAGAAACCCCUACCUGAGACUGCUACUCUACGGAAUACACAGCACGACAAACACACGCCUGAUACACAGAACCCUGAUACGCCUGAUACACAGAACCCUGAUACACAGAUCCCUGAUACACAGAACCCUGAUACACAGAACCCUGAUACGCCUGAUACACAGAGCCCUGAUACACAGAACCCUGAUACACAGAUCCCUGAUACACAGAACCCUGAUACGCCUGAUACACAGAACCCUGAUACACAGAUCCCUGAUACACAGAUCCCUGAUACACAGAACCCUGAUACACAGAUCCCUGAUACACAGAACCCUGAUACACAGAUCCCUGACACGCCUGAUACACAGAGCCCUGAUACACAGAACCCUGAUACACAGAUCCCUGACACGCCUGAUACACAGAACCCUGAUACGCCUGAUACACAGAACCCUGACACAAACCCCUCCGCCCCUCCAGUCCCUAAACCUCGCACCCUGCAGCUCCUCAUUAGCCCUGCCCAUUCUCACCAGUCUGGCCGACCACAGGUCAGCCUGGUCCCCAGGACCGAAAGCCAAUCAGGGACACCGCCUGCCUCCAUCAGCCAAUCAGAAACACUGAUGGAUACCAAGUCCCGCCAUGGACAGAGAGAUGAGGAGGAGGAGGAGGGGCUGGAAGAGGAGUGGCUAGAUGAGGAGGAGGAGGGGUUGGAGGAGGAGGGGCUCGAGGGGAGGCGGGGCAGCAGUACUCAUGAAGAUAAUGGCAGCACCACGGCACUAUGUGACCAGACGGCCAAUGACACGUCGUCUGACGACUUAUACUACGAGUGCAACGAAUCAGACCCCAGAGAAUCCUCGCCGGUGGCCAAUGGGGUAACAGCAGAGUUGGCCCGGGUUGACGAGGGUCAUCGUCAUGGAAAUGGGGUCAAUGUGAUGGCGAGGUUCUCCCAGAGCAUGCUGGACCUUCGGCCUCACAGCCAAUCAGACGACAGGGGAGUUCUAAUGAGCCAAUCACAGGACCGAAGAGGUCAACAGACACGGCCACAGCCACACAGACACAUCGGACAGUUGUUUCAGAGCUCCAGGUCGCCAGGUCGUGAUGGGCGCCAGAGAUGCAGGGCUAAAAUCGUCAUUGCCAAACCAGGAAGUGUCCACCGCUCGCCACUAGCAUCGUGCCCUGUGAUUGAAGGACAUCGCUACUUGCAGGGCCAAUCACUGCAGCCCUCCGAUACUCGCUCCAGCCGGUCGCCACGACGACACAGCCCUGCCUACAAAGGGGUGGGACUUUCCCCUGGCCACGCCUCCCCACGUCGAGCAUCCAUUCCGGCAGGAGCUAUGGGCGUGUCCUUCUCCAAACUGACCAAUCAACUACUGAGGGGGCGGUAUAUAGCCUCACAGACGAAAGCGUCGCUUGACAACAAGGAGGUCGGCUAGGAUUGGCUAAUGUAUGGACCAAUGGGACGGCUAGCAGGAAGUUAAACAGACAAUGUAACUGGAUGUUGUUUUUUAUGUUUGUCUGAUUGGUUGCUUUGACCAGAUCAUGUAUCUGAUUGGUUGCUCUGACCAGAUCAUGUAUCUGAUUGGUUGCUCUGACCAGAUCAUGUGUCUGAUUGGUUGCUCUGACCAGAUCAUGUGUCUGAUUGGUUGCUCUGACCAGAUCAUGUGUCUGAUUGCUUGCUCUGACCAGAUCAUGUGUCUGAUUGGUUGCUCUGACCAGAUCAUGUGUCUGAUUGGUUGCUCUGACCAGAUCAUGUGUCUGAUUGGUUGCUCUGACCAGAUCAUGUAUCUGAUUGGUUGCUCUGACCAGAUUAAUAACUUGACUGGACAUUUUCUGGAUGUUUCUCUAUUGUUUAAAGAACGUUAUGUGAAUGUUGAAAGUGAGACUCGGCAAUAUGUUGCCACAAGGAGCAGGAUGAACAGAGAAUAUUGCAGAUGAACACGAUACAAGACGAUGCAGUAACUCUCAGGGUAUCUGCACAGGUGCUCAUGAUUCACUCUGCUACAACGUGAUCGCUGUAGGACCAGAACAGAUACAACGUGAUCGCUGUAGGACCAGAACAGAUACAACGUGAUCGCUGUAGGACCAAAACAGAUACAACGUGAUAGCUGUAGGACCAAAACAGAUACACUCUGCUACAACGUGAUAGCUGUAGGACCAGAACAGAUACAACGUGAUAGCUGUAGGACCAAAACAGAUACAACGUGAUAGCUGUAGGACCAGAACAGAUACAACGUGAUAGCUGUAGGACCAAAACAGAUACAACGCGAUAGCUGUAGGACCAGAACAGAUACAACGUGAUAGCUGUAGGACCAAAACAGAUACAACGUGAUAGCUGUAGGACCAGAACAGAUACAACGUGAUAGCUGUAGGACCAAAACAGAUACAACGUGAUAGCUGUAGGACCAGAACAGAUACAACGUGAUAGCUGCAGGACCAGAACAGAUACAACGUGAUAACUGCAGGACCAGAACAGAUACAACGUGAUAGCUGUAGGACCAAAACAGAUACAACGUGAUAGCUGUAGGACCAAAACAGAUACAAAGUGAUAGCUGUAGGACCAAAACAGAUACAACGUGAUAGCUGUAGGACCAAAACAGAUACAAAGUGAUAGCUGUAGGACCAAAACAGAUACAACGUGAUAGCUGUAGGACCAAAACAGAUACAACGUGAUAGCUGUAGGACCAAAACAGAUACAACGUGAUAGCUGUAGGACCAGAACAGAUACAACGUGAUAGCUGUAGGACCAAAACAGAUACAAAGUGAUAGCUGUAGGACCAAAACAGAUACAGCGUGAUAGCUGUAGGACCAAAACAGAUACAAUUUGAUAGCUGUAGGACCAAAACAGAUACAACGUGAUAGCUGUAGGACCAAAACAGAUACAAAGUGAUAGCUGUAGGACCAAAACAGAUACAACGUGAUAGCUGUAGGACCAAAACAGAUACAAUUUGAUAGCUGUAGGACCAAAACAGAUACAACGUGAUAGCUGUAGGACCAAAACAGAUACAAAGUGAUAGCUGUAGGACCAAAACAGAUACAACGUGAUAGCUGUAGGACCAGAACAGAUACAACGUGAUAGCUGUAGGACCAAAACAGAUACAACGUGAUAACUGUAGGACCAAAACAGAUACAACGUGAUAGCUGUAGGACCAAAACAGAUACAACGUGAUAGCUGUAGGACCAGAACAGAUACAAAGUGAUAGCUGUAGGACCAAAACAGAUACAACGUGAUAGCUGUAGGACCAGAACAGAUACAACGUGAUAGCUGUAGGACCAAAACAGAUACAACGUGAUAGCUGUAGGACCAAAACAGAUACAACGUGAUAGCUGUAGGACCAAAACAGAUACAACGUGAUAGCUGUAGGACCAGAACAGAUACAACGUGAUAGCUGUAGGACCAAAACAGAUACAACGUGAUAGCUGUAGGACCAGAACAGAUACAACGUGAUAGCUGUAGGACCAAAACAGAUACAACGUGAUAGCUGUAGGACCAGAACAGAUACAACGUGAUAGCUGUAGGACCAAAACAGAUACAACGUGAUAGCUGUAGGACCAAAACAGAUACAACGUGAUAGCUGUAGGACCAGAACAGAUACAACGUGAUAGCUGUAGGACCAAAACAGAUACAACGUGAUAGCUGUAGGACCAAAACAGAUACAACGUGAUAGCUGUAGGACCAAAACAGAUACAACGUGAUAGCUGUAGGACCAGAACAGAUACAACGUGAUAGCUGUAGGACCAAAACAGAUACAACGUGAUAGCUGUAGGACCAGAACAGGAUACACUCUGAUACAACGUGAUAGCUGUAGGACCAAAACAGAUACAACGUGAUAGCUGUAGGACCAGAACAGAUACAACGUGAUAGCUGUAGGACCAAAACAGAUACAACGUGAUAACUGCAGGACCAGAACAGGAUACACUCUGAUACAACGUGAUAGCUGUAGGACCAAAACAGAUACAACGUGAUAGCUGCAGGACCAAAACAGAUACACUCUGCUACAACGUGAUAGCUGCAGGACCAGAACAGGAUACACUCUGAUACAACGUGAUAGCUGUAGGACCAAAACAGAUACAACGUGAUCGCUGUAGGACCAGAACAGAUACAACGUGAUCGCUGUAGGACCAGAACAGAUACAACGUGAUCGCUGUAGGACCAAAACAGAUACAACGUGAUAGCUGUAGGACCAAAACAGAUACACUCUGCUACAACGUGAUAGCUGUAGGACCAGAACAGAUACAACGUGAUAGCUGUAGGACCAAAACAGAUACAACGUGAUAGCUGUAGGACCAGAACAGAUACAACGUGAUAGCUGUAGGACCAAAACAGAUACAACGUGAUAGCUGUAGGACCAGAACAGAUACAACGUGAUAGCUGUAAGACCAAAACAGAUACAACGUGAUAGCUGUAGGACCAGAACAGAUACAACGUGAUAGCUGUAGGACCAAAACAGAUACAACGUGAUAGCUGUAGGACCAGAACAGAUACAACGUGAUAGCUGCAGGACCAGAACAGAUACAACGUGAUAACUGCAGGACCAGAACAGAUACAACGUGAUAGCUGUAGGACCAAAACAGAUACAACGUGAUAGCUGUAGGACCAAAACAGAUACAAAGUGAUAGCUGUAGGACCAAAACAGAUACAACGUGAUAGCUGUAGGACCAAAACAGAUACAAAGUGAUAGCUGUAGGACCAAAACAGAUACAACGUGAUAGCUGUAGGACCAAAACAGAUACAACGUGAUAGCUGUAGGACCAAAACAGAUACAACGUGAUAGCUGUAGGACCAGAACAGAUACAACGUGAUAACUGUAGGACCAAAACAGAUACAACGUGAUAGCUGUAGGACCAAAACAGAUACAACGUGAUAGCUGUAGGACCAGAACAGAUACAAAGUGAUAGCUGUAGGACCAAAACAGAUACAACGUGAUAGCUGUAGGACCAGAACAGAUACAACGUGAUAGCUGUAGGACCAAAACAGAUACAACGUGAUAGCUGUAGGACCAAAACAGAUACAACGUGAUAGCUGUAGGACCAAAACAGAUACAACGUGAUAGCUGUAGGACCAGAACAGAUACAACGUGAUAGCUGUAGGACCAAAACAGAUACAACGUGAUAGCUGUAGGACCAGAACAGAUACAACGUGAUAGCUGUAGGACCAAAACAGAUACAACGUGAUAGCUGUAGGACCAGAACAGAUACAACGUGAUAGCUGUAGGACCAAAACAGAUACAACGUGAUAGCUGUAGGACCAAAACAGAUACAACGUGAUAGCUGUAGGACCAGAACAGAUACAACGUGAUAGCUGUAGGACCAAAACAGAUACAACGUGAUAGCUGUAGGACCAAAACAGAUACAACGUGAUAGCUGUAGGACCAAAACAGAUACAACGUGAUAGCUGUAGGACCAGAACAGAUACAACGUGAUAGCUGUAGGACCAAAACAGAUACAACGUGAUAGCUGUAGGACCAGAACAGGAUACACUCUGAUACAACGUGAUAGCUGUAGGACCAAAACAGAUACAACGUGAUAGCUGUAGGACCAGAACAGAUACAACGUGAUAGCUGUAGGACCAAAACAGAUACAACGUGAUAACUGCAGGACCAGAACAGGAUACACUCUGAUACAACGUGAUAGCUGUAGGACCAAAACAGAUACAACGUGAUAGCUGCAGGACCAAAACAGAUACACUCUGCUACAACGUGAUAGCUGCAGGACCAGAACAGGAUACACUCUGAUACAACGUGAUAGCUGUAGGACCAAAACAGAUACAACGUGAUCGCUGUAGGAUCAAAACAGAUACAACGUGAUAGCUGCAGGACCAAAACAGAUACACUCUGCUACAACGUGAUAGCUGUAGGACCAGAACAGAUACAACGUGAUCGCUGUAGGAUCAAAACAGAUACAACGUGAUAGCUGUAGGACCAAAAAAGAUACAACGUGAUCGCUGUAGGAUCAAAACAGAUACAACGUGAUAGCUGUAGGACCAAAACAGAGGAUAAGUUUAGCCUCUCGCUUCAUAUUCUUAGUUUUCGCAGAAGUCGUCCAAUUCUGCUGUUUAAUUUGUGCAUCGCUGUCUCGACCUGUAACUCACCUUGUCUGGAUGUCUGUCUACUGUCACAUGAAUUGAAUGUUUGCAGGACAUUUGCCAGGUAGUUUUUGAAUGUUUGCCAGAAAUGUUUUGGAAUUUUUGUUUUUUUUAAACAUGGGCUUUUCCUGGCCAAUGGGGCGAUCUGGACGUAAUCUGGACGUAAUCUGGACGUUUGUUGAAACCUUGAAAUUUAAGGAUCUUUAUUCGAUUUUCCUCUGUUUGAGAAGGCUGUCCUCUCCAGGCCUCCGUAGUCUGACCAGCUAGGUUUACUUGCCUGGAGAGACUGUGGGUGGCCUAACGCUCACUCUGAUUGGUUACUGGGACUAUGGGGGCGGGGAGUAACGUUUUGAAACGAUGGCAGAUUUUUCCAAUGUUGGACAUGAAUGUUGUUAAAACGUUAGGAGAAUGUUAUCAAUAAAGUGAUCUUGACUGAA